AAAAAAAUCUUAAAGAUCAUGAAGUUAUUACUCUCAUUAAAAUUUCAGUAACCAAUUUGUCUGUAAUUAAAAUCAAUCCAGACCAUUUAUUACCAUUGGAUAUUAUUGUUACAUUAAAUGGAACUGUGAUGGAAAAUCCAUCUAUUUCUGAGACAAUAGUCAAAUUCAAAAUUAAUUCAUUGGUUUAUAUCAAAAAGAAAAAAAUGGAUAUUAAUUUCAAUGCAUAUCACAAAACAACUGAAAAACAUCUCAAACCAAUUUCAAAAAAAUUAAAUCAUGGUCACACUAUUUUUCUAUCUGGAAACCUAGAAUUAGUGAAUGGAUUAAAAAUGAUACAACUAACAUCACUAUCUUUUGUUAAUUCAACCAACUCUAAUACCAUGUCAGAUAACCAAGUUUCAACAACAUCUAUAAAAAUUAAUCCUUCAGUUGCAAAAAUUGCUCAACGAAUUAUGGAUAAUAGUAGUUCAACCAAUGAAACCAAGAAAAGAAAAGAAACAAAUACUUUAAAAUCAAGAAAUAUCAAAAUUCCAAAAUUAGCACAAUUAGCAGUAUCAUUUAUAAAAGAC